GACUAUAACAUUUUCUCCAUCCUACGACAUUCCGGAUCAACAGCACCAUCACGACCACAAUCAUGGCCGACGCACCUCCACCAUCCUACGAACAAGCCACGGGUUCCUCGUCGGCAUCAUCGCGCCCCGCCGCUUCAUCAAACACCACCCACGAUGAUCAUCUCAAAGUUCCAGGCGCUUCAGGCAAGGAUGGCAUGUCUGCCGCCUACCGCAGAUCCAUGGAAGACGAGGGCCGCCCACUGCCAAAAGGUUGGGUUCGCAGCUACGAUCCUCAAAACCAACACCAAUUCUUCGUCGACACCACCAAAGAACCACCCCGAUCCAUCUGGCACCACCCCCACGACGACGACGAAUACCUGAACAGCCUAUCUGGGGAAGAGCGCGAGCAAGCAGAACAAGAAAGCCUCUCGUACAAACGUAGCCACCCUCCGACCAAGGAAGACUACAUCCACGCUCCUUCCGAUGACGAAGACGACUAUCUUCCGCAGCAUUACCAGAAACAGACUGGCAAUCAUACUUCCUCCUCGGCGUCCAAUGCGGAACUCCCGCCACGACCAGACGGGAAAGACGGUGGAAAAGGGAAAGAGAAAGUCUCCUUCGGUCGCAAACUCAAAGACAAGGUAACGGGAAUGUCGCACGAGGAACGCGAAGCUGCGCGUCGCCAGCGCGAGGAGGAAGAACGACAGGCUUAUGAGAUGCACGUCAAAGUCCGCGCUGCGAUGCAGCGUGCUGCAGAAACUGGGCAGCCGCAACUCAUAGGAAGAGAUCGCGAAGGAAGGGACAUCUACAUGGAGCCUCCGAGACCGCCGUACGCGGGAGGCCAUGGAAUGGGUGGAGGAUACGGUUACAACCCUUACCAGCCGUACAACAGUCAGGGCAUUUACACGACACCAAAUGCGAGGUACAUCCGGCCUGCGGUGCCGUACGGGAGACCGUAUGGAGGAUAUGGUUAUGGCAGGCCGUACGGUGGUGGUAUGGCGAUGCCCCUGGCGGGUGGCUUGCUCGGUGGUGCGCUUCUUGGAGGACUCCUUUUCUAGGAAGCGACAGUGGAUGUUCUGAAGCAUGGGACGAGUAUCCGAAACAGAACACAAGCACUCGGGAGAACAGGAGAAACAGCGCCUGCAGCAUAUGUAUCACGACGGCACGACAUUAUGAAAGCAUGGAGACAACCCCAGAUAUAGUACUUGUAUCACCAAUCGAUCGAAUCAUCCAACUCGACAUAGCACAAGUCAGGUAUUACAUCCAUAGACAGUCCCAAG